CCCAAAGAAAAAUACCGAGAGAAAAUAAAAAAUAAAAAAAGUACUUGGCACUUCGUCUUCUGCCAUCGUCAGCGUUGGCUUCAUCGUCAAGCGUUCAAAGUUUGGCUCUUCUGUCGAGCAAUUCGAUAUCUUCCUUGUACUGGCAAUCAAUCCUACGAAACGGAGUGAUAAUCUGAGCCAGCUAAAAGGUGCCAUCUUGAUUUGUUUUGUAGAUCUUCGCCGCAUGUUUCACGAUGGACGACUCUUUUAGCAACCUUCCCAGCAGCCACCUACUCGGCUCAGUCCCGGCUGUUAUCACUGAAGAAAAAACUAACAAUAAACCCAAUGUACCUGAAGCGAAUCUACAGAUAUUUCCUCCAGAUAGUGGUGGGAGUGGUGGCCAGGGUUAUCAAACUGUUGGAGGUUCAAGUGGAGGGGAUGGGCAACAAACAACAAACAACUGGAAAGGAGUACUAAGCAUCUCAUCAUAUGCUCAAUAUUUUAACGUAGAUACAGAUGUUGUCUUGAACAGAUUGAUGAGCUCUCUAAAUCCUACAACUGGAGAUUUUUUCAGCAUAAUUGAUGCUAACCCUGAUCUCUACGGUCUAAUCUGGAUUGCAACAACAUUGGUAUUUGUCAUUUCUUCCUUUGGAAACUGUGCAACAUAUGUGAUGCACAAAAGAAGUGAAACUAGUACAUCUUGGACCUUCGACGUGAGCUAUGUGAAUGUGGCAGCAUGCUCAAUAUAUGGUUAUUUACUCAUUGUUCCACUAGGGUUUUACUUCUUGCUUCAGUAUCUUGGUUCAAAUGCUAGCUUGGUACGUUUUUGGUGCUUGUGGGGAUACUCCUUAUUCAUUUUCAUUCCCACUUCGUUUUUGUUGAUGAUCCCAGUGGAAUUUCUAAAGUGGGUGAUCAUGUUAGUAGCCGGGGGUGUAUCAGCUGGCUUUGUUGCAUUAAAUAUUAAGAACCGCCACAUACAGCAACCAAAUGAACUUUCUAUAGUGCUGCUUGCUGCUUUUGUUCUCCAAAUGGGUCUGGCGAUCUUCAUCAAGAUGUGGUUCUUCCCGUAGCCCUUGAUUUGCCACUUGACCAUUUCUGGAACAAUAACUAUUUUCAGCAGUUUGCAUAGUUAUAGAUUCACUUGGGGUGUUAAUUGUAGUCUAGAGAAAUAUAUCAUGUGUUAAGGGUUUAUGCGCUUCGACAACAUGCUUCUUGGUCUAUGUGACGGGAAGGUGACACUUGUUUAUGAACAUGUUUGAAGAUUGUUUUGCUCUGUUUUGUUGUGUAACUUGAGGGACUGAUUUGAGUAAACAUCAUUGUAAUACGAAAACUGUGCGGGUUGAAGACAGUAUUUUCCUACAACUCGUGUUCUAGACACCUGUGUCUAAACGUGCAUUGAUUCGUUGCCUCUCUCCCGUGAUGUCAUGCCCAUCCUGAACUGUCAGAAAUGCUUUACUGUCACAAAAUCUUGAUCAUUUCCCCAUUCACAUGUGUUAUUGGUGCUUAGGGAUAUCCAC